GCGCCGGCUGUAUGACAUGUUUCCCUGGGCCCUCCGCCACCUCUCAGGACCCCACCAGAAGAUAUUUCAGUACCACGAGGCUGUGAGGGGCUUCAUCCGUCACGAAAUCAUCAGGCACAAGCUCAGAACAGCUGAGGCCCCCAAGGAUUUCAUCAACUGCUACCUGUCACAAAUCACCAAGGCCAUCGAUGACCCUGUCUCUACAUUCAGUGAGGAGAACCUGAUCCAAGUGGUGAUCGACCUGUUUCUGGGAGGCACAGACACCACAGCCACCACACUGCACUGGGCACUCAUAUACCUGGUCCAUCACAAAGCCAUCCAGGAGAGUGUGCAGCAGGAGCUGGAUGAGGUGCUAGGAACUGCACAGACCAUCUGCUAUGAGGAUCGAGAGCGACUGCCCUACACUCGUGCUGUCCUCCACGAGGUACAGCGCCUUAGCAGCGUUGUAGCCGUGGGCGCUGUACGCCAGUGUGUGACUUCCACCUGGAUGCAUGGUUAUUCUGUGCCCAAGGGAACCAUCAUCUUGCCCAAUCUGGCCUCUGUGCUGUAUGACCCUGAGUGCUGGGAGACCCCUCAUCAGUUCAACCCUGGCCACUUCCUAGACAAGGAUGGAAACUUUGUGGCCAAUGAGGCCUUCCUGCCCUUCUCUGCAGGGCAUCGGGUGUGUCCUGGGGAGCAGCUUGCCCGAAUGGAGCUCUUCCUGAUGUUUGCCACCCUCCUCAGAACCUUUCAGUUUCAACUACCAGAAGGGAGCCAGGGCCUCAGGCUGGACUAUGUCUUUGGUGGCACACUGCAGCCUCAGCCCCAGAAGAUUUGCGCAGUGCUUCGCCAGAGCAGCCUCAGCCCCGGGGAGCCCUAGGCCUGCCUCUGCAGUCCCCCAACACACGAGGUUUCCAUCUGUCAGCCCUCAGAAUCAAGAACUAGGGAGAAAUGGGUUUCUCCUAGCUCAGCUGCCCCAGUUCUCA